AUGGCGCCUGGGAGCCACCACCUCAACCUGGGCCUCCUGCUCCUGCUCCUUCUCCCUCCAGAGUGCCGAGGAGCUGAGGGCAGGCUGGCUCACAAGCUGUUCCGUGACCUCUUCGCCAACUACACAAGUGCCCUGAGACCUGUGGCAGACACAGACCAGACUCUGAAUGUGACGCUGGAGGUGACAUUGUCCCAGAUCAUCGACAUGGACGAGCGGAACCAGGUGUUGACGCUGUACCUAUGGAUCCGGCAGGAGUGGACCGAUGCCUACCUGCGGUGGGACCCGGAUGCCUACGGCGGCCUAGAUGCCAUCCGCAUCCCCAGCAGUCUCGUGUGGCGGCCAGACAUCGUGCUCUAUAACAAGGCGGACGCGCAGCAGCCGGCGUCGGCCAGCACGAACGUGGUGUUGCGGCACGACGGCGCAGUGCGCUGGGACGCGCCGGCCAUCACGCGCAGCUCGUGCCGCGUGGACGUGGCCGCCUUCCCGUUCGACGCGCAGCGCUGCGGCCUGACGUUUGGCUCCUGGACGCACGGCGGGCACCAGCUGGACGUGCGGCCGCGCGGCGACGCCGCCAGCCUGGCCGACUUCGUGGAGAACGUGGAGUGGCGCGUGCUGGGCAUGCCGGCGCGGCGGCGCGUGCUCACCUACGGCUGCUGCUCCGAGCCCUACCCCGACGUGACCUUCACGCUACUGCUGCGCCGCCGCGCCGCCGCCUACGUGUGCAACCUGCUGCUGCCCUGCGUGCUCAUCUCGCUGCUCGCGCCGCUCGCCUUUCACCUGCCGGCCGACUCGGGCGAGAAGGUGUCUCUGGGUGUCACCGUGCUGCUGGCGCUCACCGUCUUCCAGCUGAUCCUGGCCGAGAGCAUGCCCCCGGCCGAGAGUGUGCCGCUCAUCGGCAAGUACUACAUGGCCACUAUGACCAUGGUCACGUUCUCAACAGCGCUCACCAUCCUUAUCAUGAACCUGCAUUACUGUGGUCCCAGUGCCCGCCCAGUGCCCGCCUGGGCUCGAGUCCUCCUGCUGGGACACCUGGCACGAGGCCUGUGCGUGCGGGAACGAGGGGAGCCGUGUGGGAAGUCUCGGCCACCAGAAUCGCCCCCUAGCCCACAGCCACCCGAGGGAGGGGCUGGCCCACCAGCAGGUCCUUGCCAUGAGCCACGGUGUCUGUGCCACCAGGAAGCCCUGCUGAGCCACGUGGCCACCAUUGCCAGCACCUUCCGCAGCCACAGGGCUGCCCAGCGCCGCCAUGAGGACUGGAAGCGCCUGGCCCGCGUGAUGGACCGCUUCUUCCUGGGCAUCUUCUUCGGCAUGGCCUUGGUCAUGAGCCUCCUGGUGCUGGUGCAGGCCCUGUGAGGGUCUGGGCCUGGGGCCUGCGACAGCCACAGCACCUGCGGACAGGGAUGGCCAAGGCCAGCAGGUGCCCAGUGGUCUCUCCCUGCUGCUCCUAGGAACCUGGGCCAUCUUUCCUGAGGACCAGUGCUGCUGCCACCACAGCCCACAGGGGGGCGCUUGUCUGUGCAGCCCAACUAGGGCAAGUCCAGGGUCUACCUCCCCUGGUACAGGGAGGAGGAAGUCCAGGGAGGUGGGGACCACGUUCAGUGGUGGGGGGACUGACACGUUCAGGCCGGUGUCAGAGCUCUGGGUGGGAGUGAGGGACCACAGCUGCCAGCUUUCCUGUGCCUGGUGGUGGCUGUGACAGGGACUGGGUCCUGCCUGUCCUCCCCUGGGACUCGGGGAAGAGUUUGGGAUUCAUGGCCUAUUCCAAAGCAGGAGGCCACAGACAAUUGGCUGUGUAGCCCCAGCUGAUAAUAGACUGAGUGUGUGCCUUGUGCCUGCCCCGUGUCCUGUCCUACCUGGGGCAGUGGUGGUGGAAGCCAUGGAAGCGGCUGGUCUCUUUAGAGACAGGCCCUCAGCAUCCUGCACUGGAGCAGAGUCACAGCUUUGUCCUCGAGACAGAGACAGGG